AUGUUCAUUAUUCGGUUAGCAUCUGAUGCUUUAUCGUCAAUCACUGAGGGUGAACAAACUCAUCAAAUGCAUCAAACUGACAAUUCCCCAUCUACCUCACAAUAUGAAUCACUUAAAAAAAUAGAGGAGAUACCAAAACAACCCAGUGAUGAUACACAGAAACGUUUACUCAGCAUUAAACGUGUUCACAGACUAAUCGAAGAGGAAUUAAUGAUGGAGUAUGACAUGAAAGCUACCAAUAAACUUGAAAGGCAUAAUAAUAACAACAGCAAUAAUAAUAAUAAUGUCAAGUUAUCAAGAUACCACGAGAAAGAUGAGUUUUGUACACCGUAUAGUAGUAGUAAUCAACGGAGUAAAAAUGAGACCAGCGUAAAACGGAAUACUACCGAGCGAUCCAUUAGCACACCGAAAAAAUGCUCUCCACCGACUAGUCUACUGUAUGAUUUAUUAUCUGGUAGAGAGAACUUCAAUUCAGUUUAUAUGCGAAGUCAAUUGGUGUUUGUCACAUGUGAUGACGACAAUGUUGAGUCAAUAAAUAACUUUGCAAAAGAAGAUUUUCACAGUAAGCGUAAAACACGUGGUCAAACUAUGCAAAGAAGACGUAAACCGCUUAGGCCAACAAAACAUUGUAUCGCCUUACGGACACCAGAGAAGUCGACUGAUACUGAUGGAGGAAAACAUUUUCCGCGUAAUGCUGCAUCAGCUGAAAAAUUGUCAUCAUCGCCGUCAUCAUUUUCGUUAUCACCUUCAUCGACAUCAUCGCCUUCAUCUUCAUCUUCCUUAUCAUCGUCUGUGCUAAGUCCAUCAAAUAUUAACAUGUUAACCUGUUCUCAAGUUUCCCCUAAAAAGUUAUUAGACAAAAUUGAUUUCCUUAAUGCCAAUAAUACUAUACAUUCCCAGUCAUCGUCUGAUCACUCUUCAUUACUGUCCAUCAUCAAUAAUCAAGAGUGUUUGGAACAACCACUAGAUUUAUCCUCAGCAUCGCAUUCCAAUCGAUUGGGCUUACCAAAUAGUCAAUCCGAUAUGACAGAACUAAAACGAAGGCGAAGUUUUGCCGGUAAAUCCCGAUUAUCCGAUAAUUCAGAUGUGAUUAAAUGUAGCGCUCAACGACACAAUUCGGUUAACCUGCCUUUAUCAACGAAGAAAAUCGGUUGUAAUAGAAAAACCAGUGCCAAUAUUAAUACCACUAUACUACUACGACUACGACUACCAUCAACAGCAGCAGUAGCAGUAAUUCAAGACCCGAACGUAAACCAGCAUACUGAAAAACUUCCCGUGAACAUAUCAAAUACUGAAUCAAAUGCGCUCACAACAAAUUUUCUUGAUUUUAUUUUAUCCCCUGACUGUUAUCGUGUUGCGCUUAAUAAUAGUAAUAAUAAUAAUGAUAAUAAUUUGCUCAAUUCACGUAACACUCCUAAAACAACUUAUGAAUUAGCCUAUGAAUUAUUAAAUUCCUUAUCCAAUUCCGGUGGAACAACUUCAAGUGUAAAGCAGGAGAAUGAACAACAACAACAUCAACAACAACAGCAAUGUCUAACGAACACAUCUCCGACGUCAGCUGAUAAUUCUAGCUAUCCCAGUGUUGUAAAUACACAAGAUUGUCAACAAAACGUUGUAUCGCCUAAGUCUACAUCGAAAAUACCACUUUGCAAAUCGAAUUCCAUGUCAAAAUAUAAUACCGGUGACAAUUUCCCACCUAAAAAAUCUUUAUCUAAUCGACUGUAUUCAAUUAAAAAAGUUAACCAGGCGGAUUAUUUAAACAAAACACAUUCAUUGCCCAAUCGGACAUUGAACCAGCAUUCCAGUAGUGAUAAUAAUAGUAGUAAUAGUAAUAGCAAUAAUAACAAUAAUUUUGAUACAGACAUUGUUGACAUUAUCACAACUAGACAUUCCUUCACUUCUUCCUGUUCUUCUUCUCCUUCUUCUUCUUCGUCUCCUUCUAAUUCUUCACCGAUGAAAGUCCCCAGUGAAGACUUCAAGUUAUUUUUACGCAGAAAUUCCAGUCGUUAUCGAGGUCGUAUAAGAUACUGGUUAAUUCAAAUGAUUAGUUUAGUGAAACAGCCGGAACCAAUUCUGAUUUCUUUACUUCAAAAUAAUGAAAGUAAUAAUAAUAAUAAUAAUAGCAAUGAUAAAAUGACACAGACAUCAAAUAUACCUGUUGAACAGAUGACAAGUUUAUUAAGCUGCUUUCGUCUACACAUAUUAGAUCAAUCAAUUGAGACAAGACUUAAAUUCUUAAAUAUGUCAUGGUAUCGAUUAUUACUAGUUUAUUUAAUUGAGCAUAAACAGUUAGACUUAUUGACAAUUGAAUCAGUAUUGCCUUCAUCUUCAGCGUCAACAUCGUCAGCUGAUGGAAGUGAAGGAAAUGAUGAUCAUGAUGAUGAUAAAUCAACUCAUGGAAAAUAUGAACAAAAAGAUUUAAUCAAUAAUAAUGAAGAAAUAAAAUCGAAACACAAAUCUGCUGAUCAUACAUCAUCAUCAUAA